AUGGAAACUUAAAUCACAUUAAAGAUAAAAACACUAGAUAAUCAAAUCACUUCUUUUUCUAUUGAUCCAAACAACACUGUUUAAUAAUUGAAAAAUGUAAUUUAAAAUAAACUAAACAUACCUUUUGAUAAGUAAAGACUGAUUUACCAAGGGAGAGUUUUAGAGAACAAUAAAACUUUAUAAGAUUAUAAAUUAUAAAAUGAUCAUGUAGUUUUAUUGCCAGGAUAGCCAAUAUAGGAAGAUCAACUAAUCUAGAAUUAAACUCAAUAAUCAUAAUAAUAAUAAUAGUAGUCGUAAUAAACACAAGGCGUAAAUGAAUUCCUUGAAAUGGAUAUCUUGAGCAACAUUCUGAGAACACUAACAUCAAUAUAAUAGAUAAAAUGUAAGAAGAAUGGUACAACAAUAGAGGAGCAAUGGUAAGAACUUCAAAGAUUUCGAUUAGGUUUCAAUGUUGACAAGCAAGUAUCAUUGGAGGGCAUAAGAUAAAAUUACCAAACCAUCAAGUAGUUAUUAGAUUCCUAGGUCAAACCUGAAGAAUUAAAGCAAGAAGAUAUUUAGGGUGAAUAUGUAAACCCAUUUGAUCCAAAGAAACGGACAUUCUAGGUUGGAUAGUGGAUUGAUGUGAAGGAUACGAUUGAUCAAUGGCUUGAAGCAUAAAUAUAAAUAGUUGAAUAGAAUAGAAUUUUUAUCCAUUAUAAUGGAUGGGGUAGCAGAUGGGAUGAAUGGAUCGACAUACAAUCUCCGAGAAUCGCUACUUUUAGAACUUAUACUGUAGGUAGUGCUAAUCAAGACUUUUUAUGUCCACAUCCAGUUAGUGAUCCUGAUUGUGAGGUAGAAAAGUAAGAAAUUGAUAUGCACAAAUUCAUUUUUGAUGUCGGACAUAUGAUGAAUUAAGUUACUUAAUUGUUAAUAGAAUUUGGGAGAUUCGAAAAUAACAAAAGAAUUGCUGAGAAAUAGAUUUAAUUACAAUAACAAUACUAAUAAAUGUUAUUGAAUAAAAAUAAGGAAAUGAAUCCUGAGGAAAGUCAAUUUGAAAUGAGAAAGAAAGAAAAAGAAUUAAAUGAAUACGAAAUUAAAUCCAGUUUAAUUGGUUCUUAAUUGGCACCUAUUUUUGAUAGGAUGGGUCGAAUGAUGACGGAUUUAGCUCCUCAUUUAGCUUUGAUGGGAUCUAAAACACAAAGAGUCAACAACAAUAACUAAUAAUAAUUGCUAUUUUAGGUUCCUGUAACUUUAACACCAAAUGAAAUAUACUAGUCAUAAUAAAAUGCUCCCACUCUUCACAGUCGUCUAGAAAUAAUUAAUAAUAGACUCGCUAUACUAAGAAUGACUGAGUUCAUUCAAUAAGAAGAUAGUGAUGAUGAUCAUUUUACUAUCUGA